AUGUCUGCCCUCGCCCCGGGCUGCCGGUCCCUCCGGUCCGCACUUCUGUUCCCGCUGACGGUGCUGUUGCUGCAUGUCGGUGUGUCCCGGGGCCUGUACUUCCAUAUCGGGGAGACGGGAGAAACGUUGCUUCAUUGAGGAGAUCCCGGAUGAGACGAUGGUGAUAGGUAACUACAAGACCCAGCUUUGGGAUAAAACGGCUGAAACCUUUCUUCCUUCUACCCCAGGCCUGGGUAUGCAUGUUGAGGUGAAGGACCCAGACGGGAAGGCGAUUCUCUCCAGGCAAUAUGGGUCUGAGGGACGCUUCAUCUUUACAUCUCAUACCCCAGGGGAGCACCAAAUCUGUCUGCACUCAAACUCUACAAGAAUGACUCUAUUUUCUGGAGGAAAACUGCGAGUUCAUUUAGAUAUACAGAUUGGAGAACACACAAAUAAUUACCCUGAAAUUGCAGCAAAGGACAAGUUGACAGAAUUACAGCUCCGGGUCAGACAGCUGCUGGAUCAAGUGGAGCAAAUUCAAAAAGAGCAGAACUACCAGAGGUACCGAGAGGAGAGAUUCCGCUUAACCAGCGAGAGCACUAACCAGCGUGUCCUAUGGUGGUCUAUUGCCCAGACUCUCAUCCUCAUCCUCACAGGCAUCUGGCAAAUGAAACAUCUUAAGAGCUUUUUUUGAGGCCAAGAAACUUGUGUGA